UCUUUCUUUCUAGUACGGAGUAUAUCAUUCCGAGCACGAAUGGCAUUUUGUUUCUACUCCCAAGUCCCAACCAAACAGCCCUCCUCUCGUCUUCUAAUAAGGUCGACCCCAAACUCCAACAGUCUAUAUCCUCAUCCCAGGUCCGUAAAGGUACUUGCCGUCGCCGCCCGCGAGUCUACCAUGGCCAACUCAGUCCGAGUCGCCGCAGCUCAGAUGACCUCCAUCAACGACCUAGCCGCCAAUUUUGCCACAUGCUCUCGCCUUGUCAAGGAAGCAUCUGCUGCAGGGGCAAAGCUGCUGUGUUUUCCUGAGAAUUUCUCCUAUGUAGGUGCCAAGGAUGGGGAUAGUCUUAAGAUUGCAGAAUCCCUUGAUGGACCUAUUAUGAAAGGUUACUGUUCUCUUGCCAGGGAGUCGAGCAUUUGGUUGUCACUUGGAGGAUUCCAAGAAAAAGGAUCUGAUGAUGCGCACUUGCGUAACACCCAUGUAUUAAUUGAUGAUGCCGGGAAUAUUAGGAGCACAUAUUCAAAAAUGUUCUUGUUUGAUGUGGAUGUUCCUGGUGGUAUGGUAUUCAAGGAGAGCAGCUUUACAGAAGCAGGGAAGGACAUUGUUGCGGUAGACAGCCCGUUUGGACGUUUGGGUGUGACUGUUUGCUAUGAUUUGAGAUUCCCAGAGCUCUAUCAACAGUUGAGGUUCAAUCAUGAAGCACAGGUAUUGUUGGUACCAGCAGCUUUCACAAAAGUAACUGGUCAGGCACACUGGGAAAUUCUUCUUCGUGCGCGUGCCAUAGAAACUCAAUGUUAUGUCAUAGCUGCUGCACAAGCUGGAAAACAUAAUGACAAAAGAGAAAGCUAUGGUAACACCUUGAUAAUUGAUCCAUGGGGGACUGUAGUUGGUCGGCUACCUGAUCGGUUAUCAAUGGGUAUUACUGUGGCAGAUAUCGAUUUUUCAUUGAUCAAUUCAGUCAGAGCAAAGAUGCCAAUUUCCAAGCAUCGUAAGCCUGCAGAGUUCUGGAAGUCUGCCGGUUUGUGUUGAAUAAGAAGGUGGUUGCUUCUGAUGACCCGGAUGGAAGUUCAAAGCUGGUUUAAAUUGCACUCGUAAUUGCAUGAAUAUUUUAUGUUAUUUGAGGUAUUAGGGUGAGCCAUCAGCCGCUGCUUUUGCUCAUAUAUAUGUACGUUUCUUAGAGGUCAUUUUUCAUUUCAUAACUUGGUAUGUUGUCUGGAUUGGGAUGUUUUCAUUCACUUGCCCUUUCAAUAUGUUGAAUAAUUUGAUGGGAAUCCAUGCCAUUUGAUUGAUUCAA